UAUUCCAGAAUUUAUGAAGGUUCUACUCCGGUUUUAAUGAUUGCAGAACCUGAAUUAUUGAAGGAUAUACUGUUGAAGGAUUUUUACGUUUUCUCCAAUCAAAGGAAAUUAAAAUUUGGGGAUCCAAUUUUGGAUAAACGACUUUAUGUGCAGAAUGGAAAAAAAUGGAGGAAUCUACGAAAUAUCAUGAGGCCAGCUUUUACUUCGUGUAAAUUAAAAUCGAUUUCAAAAUUAAUAGAAGAAUGUACAGAAACUCUGGUAGAUAAUUUAAUAGAAGAAGCGAAACGAAAGAAAGAAGUUGAUAUUAAUCAAAGUUUAAGUGCAUUUACCAUCGACGUAAUAGCAAGAUGUGCAUUUGGUCUGAAAAUAGAUUCAAAAAAAGAUCCAAAUAAUCGAUUUGUAAAAGCAGCAAAUGAACUAAUGGAACCUAUCCCGUGGAGAAAUGUAAUAAAAAAUUGUUUUCCUGAAAUAGCAAAAUUUUUUCAAUUAUCAUACUUUGAGCCAUCUUUAAUUUUAUAUUUCAAAAGCGUUAUUAUAGACGAAAUUAAUAAAAGAAACAAAUUAGUAAACAUAGGACUAGAACUGGAUGAUAUUGUUGCACAAUGUAUAAAUUUCUUCAUUGCUGGUUAUUUUGCAACGUCAGCCACUCUUGCAUUUACAAUUCAUCAGUUAGCUGUGAAACCGCACAUACAGGAAAGAAUUAUUAAAGAACAAGAAUUUAUUUUAAAGAAUGAGGGAGAUUUAAACUACGAUACACUCAAUGAAAUGAGAUACUUAGAAGCAGUGAUCCACGAAACUUUGCGAUAUUAUUCACCAGCGAUAAGAUUGGAGCGUACAACAACGGAAGAGUACCGAUUAGGUAACACUGGAGUCACUUUGCCAAAGAGAACUAUUGUUGCUGUUCCCGUAUACGCCAUCAGUCAUGAUCCAAAAUACUUUCAAUUUCCAGAUAAAUAUAAUCCAGAAAGGUUUUUUGGCGAAAAUAGAAAAUGCAUUCAACCUUUUACUUACAUGCCAUUCGGAGCUGGACCUAGGAAUUGUAUAGGAAUGAAAUUUGCAUUUAUGGAAAUCAAAUUAGCAUUGGCAAAAAUUUUAUAUUACGUGAAGUUUAGACCUGGAAGUAGAACGAAACAUGAAGUAGAUUUCCUUCCUGGAAGAGGUUUUAACAGACCGCGAGAAGUUAUUUUAAAAGUCGAAAUACAAAAGGAAAAGUGUAGAAAUUUGUAGGAAGAAGAUAUAAACUAUAUUUUAAAUACCGCUCUUAUUAUCACUUAUAUACAAUAUGAUAACGUCUCUCUAAGAAGAGAAUGUUAACACAUUUUAUAAAAUUUAAAUUAUUCUGAAGAAAAAUAAACCAGAAUAAAUUUAUAUUCAGAAUAUUUUAAAUUAUAAUUCUGAAUAUACGUUUGUUAAAUAAAAAAAAUAAGAUGAUGUAAAAUGUUUAGCAAAUUAUUUUUAUAAAAAGUAAAUUAAUAAAUUUUGAAAUUAUGUACCAUAAACAUAUGUUUAUAGUAUAUAUCUAUGAUGGCCAAACUGUGGCUCUUUUAGACCUUAACUGCGGUUUCCGUAUACUUAUAUAAUUUUUCUUAUUAAGGUUAAAAAUUGCGGCAGAUUUUCUUACAUAUGUUUAGAGCAAAUGAGAUUUAACAAAUUCAAACGCGCAUCGUCCUAUAAAAAGUAAACUCAGGUAAAUUCAAGUUUUUACUUGUUUACGCUAAACUACUUGUUGGGACUAGGAUCGGAAUAAAAUUAAAGCUUAACCGCACGGCCAUCUUGCCGUCUAACCAUGAUGGGCUUUUAAAACGCCAUCUUAGUCACUACAGGAUGGAGAGAGUAAAAUAAAGAAGAAAGCUUUCUUUGACGUAAUUGUAUUCAAUUUUUAUUAAUGAUUAUAUUUGAAUCACGUAUUCCAAGAAAGAUCCAACUCCACAAGUUUCUUUUUGGAAAAUAAAACUUUUUACAAUCUAAGAAUUAGACUAAUUACUUAAACAUUUAAAAAAAAUAUACAU